AUGUAUUAUAGUAAUAGCAACACAAGUGUUGCUUCUCCUUCCUCGAGUGAUCAGAAAACAACAGCAAUAAUAGAGGAGAGUCAAGGCUCACGUUCGAAUCUAGCUGUGGAGAAUGGUACCUCUCCGAAACAAAUAUCACCUUCGGAAGAGAAGAAUAUCAAAAUAAUUUCAGCAAAUAAUUCGCAAGCCUUCAUACAGAAUAAGAUUGCUGGGCAUGCUAUUGUGGAAGAUUUGGAGUUGGGACUACAUCAUGACGAAGGGAAAACAUCAAGAUCGAUAUCAAAUGCAUCAUCAAUUAAUUCAACAUCUAAAUUAAUAGAAAUGCAAGAAAUGAAACAUAUUCCUUCAAAGUAUAUUGACUUUAUAACUGCAUUUGAUUAUUUUGUAAACAAUGGAAAGGAUGAAUUGAAUGAAAUUAAGAAAAAUAUCAAGUAUUCACAAAAAGAUGAAUUAUCAACAAUUUCAGAAACUUACUGUUUUUGUCUUACAAAAAAGAAGAGAGUCCGUUUUGAAACUUUGGAAAAUGAUCAAUUGGAAGAGUUAAGGAACUAUCUUGCACUCAUGACUAUUCCUUUCAAAAAUUCAAAUUCAGUACAUGUCGACAUUUGUAUGGAGGUUUUUCAUGCUGUGUUGGGCAAGGAAAUCAAUUUUGAUAACUCAAAAGAGAAUGAGGAAAUUAUAAUUCACGACAAAAAAGAAAGUAAAUCUCCAAUCACAACGGAGUGGGAAACACUGGGAUUUCUUGGGCCUAAUCUUGAAGAAGAGUUCAGAGGUUUUGGAAUAUUUGGAGCCCUUAUGCUACUCUAUUUUUGCACCUAUCAUCAAGAGUUGAGUGAGAAGAUUUACCAACUCUCCAAGGACGAGAAAAAACACUUUCCUUUUGUAAUAUCAGUUCUUCAUCUUCUCAAAAUAGCAAUGGAUUUAGUAAAGAAUAAGAGAUUCAACAAGUAUAUCAAUCAGAAUCAAAGUGUAAUAUUUACUAUUCAAGUGGUGCAUGCAGAUAUAUGCAGAGAAUUUCUCAAACUGUGGACCAACAAGUCAUAUACAGAGUUGGACUUUCACCACGUUAUUGAAUCUUACACAUUUGAAAUUGUUAAGAAAGACUCUCUGGCCAAACAACUUCUCCUUCCCUCUUCAAAAUCUAGAGAAAGGGCAGCCACCAAAGCAACCACAACAACAACUCGCUCACCAUCUCCUUCCUCACCCACCAUUUCACACCAACAACCCUCAACCUCCCUCAAAAACAGAACUGUUUUCAAAUAA